AUGUGCCGAUUCUUGGUGUACCGUGGAAGCGAUGAGAUUCUGCUCUCCAAACUUAUUCUCGAUCCCACCCAUUCCAUUUUGAAGCAGUCCUUCGAUUCGAGGCUAAGACUGGACACAAGAAGGGGUCAGAACAACGCAGAUGGGUUCGGAAUUGGCUUCUAUACCGACCCAAAACUUGGACAUGCGCCAUGUCUCUUUACCUCCACGAUACCCGCCUGGAACUGCACCAAUCUUCAUCGUAUUGCCUCGAAGACUGCUUCACAGCUAAUCUUUGCCCACGUCCGAGCAACCACCGAAGGAUCCUUGAGCGAAGACAACUGCCACCCGUUUUGUCACGGAAGCUUGAUGUGGAUGCAUAACGGGGGACUUGGGGGCUGGAAGUACAUCAAGAGAAGGUUGGGUCAAAGAUUGGCCGAUAAAUGGUACUUGGGAGUUCAGGGUGGUACAGACAGCGAAUGGGCCUUCGCUCUAUUCCUGGACACUCUCGAGAGGAUGGGUCAUGACCCCAGCUCCCAACCUCCGAAUGGAUUUGGUCCUACAGUGCUCCGAAAGGUCCUGCUGAAGACUAUCGCGCUGAUCAACGAGCUCAUUGAUGAAAUUCCGGAGAGCACAAUCCAGUCGGAGAAUGUGGACACCCGAAGUUUGCUCAACUUUGCGGUUACCGACGGCAAGAGCAUCAUUUGCACUCGCUAUAUAAGCAGUGCAACAGAUGAGGCAGCCAGUCUGUACUACUCGUCAGGCACAGAAUGGGGAACGCGAACCUCGGCUGUUAAUGAUCGAAACUACCAGAUGGAGCGCCGAGACAAAGGUGCCGACAUCGUUCUGGUUGCGAGUGAGCCGUUAACGUUCGAGAGAGAAAAUUGGGUGAACGUUCCGACCAACUCCAUUCUGACUAUCCACAACCAAACCGUCAUGGUUCAUCCGAUCAUUGACAAGUACUACGACCGAAGCCCGUACCACGUCAGAUCCAGCGCGUUUGUUCAGACGAAGGGUUUGAUCGCAAAUGAGAAGAUUUCGUCUCUUCUUAGCCCAGCCGCGACCCCCUUGCCAACUCACGAGGCUUCCAAGAAGACUUUGGGACCAAUAAUUCCAUUCGGUGUUUCUCGUAGCCACACACCCGAUCAAUCCUUCGCCGCCAAGUCGAGGCGACCCAGUACACUACACGAAGUGUCAACAACAGCCGAUUCAAGAUCAAUUAUGACCAUAUCGAGCGGGCAGACCAGCAUAUCCCGCCCCCUUGUGCAAGGCAACAUGAAGGUCAAGAGAGCUGCACCAGAAGUACAGCCUCAUGUUGACAGCGACACGGAUUCGUUAGCACCCGACGACCAGAACCACAGCAGGACUGAGUUCGGCCAUCCUAACAAGUUGUCGAGAUUCUUUCCCGAAUUGACUAUGAGCUAA